GCUUCCUUUUCCGGUGCCGGGAGGAGCCGUGUCGGUGCCGCCUCGGUCCAUCAGGCCUCCUGCGGUUCUCCAUUGCCCGUCUCUCUGGAUUCACCGUCGCCACUGUGCCGCGCCUAGGACUCGGAUCCUGCCGGGAAAAUGUCAGAUGAAUUUUCGUUGGCAGAUGCGCUACCUGAACAGUCCUCUGCCAAAACGCCUGCUGUGACCAACACAAAAGCUGGCCAUUCUCCUCAGGGCUGGCCAGGCUCCAGCCCUUGGAGUAAUCCAAGCGCCCCCCCUGCAAUGCCGUCUGGACUCCCACCGAGUAGUGCAGCACCCUCUACUGUGCCUUUUGGACCAGUACCAACAGGAAUGUAUCCCUCCAUGCCUCCAGCCGGACCACCCCCAGGACCCUUUCCUCCUUCUGGACCAUCAUGUCCCCCACCUGGUGUUCCUUAUCCAGCCCCUGCUGUGCCAGGCCCUGGCCCCACAGGGCCAUACGCUACACCAAAUAUGCCCCUUCCAGAGCUACCUAGGCCAUACGGUGCGCCCACAGAUCCAGCUGCAGCUGGUACUUUAGGUCCAUGGGGAUCCAUCUCUUCUGGACCUUGGGCACCAGGAAUUGCGGGGCAGCAUCCUAAUAUGCCGUAUCGAUCUCCAGGGCCAUACCCCACUGUUCCUCCUCCAGUGUCGGGAGCACCGCCUGUUCCGUGGGGCACUGUGCCACCGGGAGCCUGGGGACCACCAGCACCAUAUCCUGGCCCCGCAGGAUCAUACCCCACGCCAGGACCCCACCCUACUCUGAAUAAUCCUUACCAAGUGCCUUCAGGACCUGCUGGUGCUCCGCCAAUGCCUGGUGGCCCCCACAAAGUGAAUGAAGUCCCAGGUGGCUCCCUUUCUGAUGAUUCUGACCAGAAGAGCUCCCCAGAGUCCACUGGACAGGUGAAGAGCUCCCCAGAGUCCACGGGACAGGUGAAGCUUCUGAAGGCAGAUGACAAACCCGUCAGGAAAAGACACCCCAAGAGGAAGAGGAAGCCACUAACUUGGGGAGACAUCAAGAAUUUGACUUAUCAAGCCGAGACCUUGGGGAAACAACAAGGAUACAAUACUAAUGACCCAAAAAUGAUGCUGUUGUGUUUGAUAACUAUAUUACAUGUUAAUUCUCAGCAUGACCGUUCAGAUCCCAAUUGACUGCUUGGGGGAUAGUGUAAUGUCGGUCUGCCAUGCUAGGGUUGUUUUUUUCAAUCCUUUGGGACCAGUUGUCUGGACAAAAGAUGGCAUGCAAAUAUUUAAUUGCACAUUUUGGUGGGACUAAUCUAAUUGAUCAGCCCAUUCACAAUAAUAACAGGUUUGAGCAUAACUAAGUACUCUUUUAAAGGCUCUGAUAAUGGGAAUUAGAGUUACGUGAAGAUUAAAACAGGAAUUACUGAUGUUGAUGUCGCUUACUCAAGUUGAUACUAUUGUACCUAAGUGACACCGCCUGUUACCAGGGGUUUAGAAAAUAACCUCUGGCUUCCUGUGCCACAUGGCAGUCACCAAGAGCAGUCUUCUAUCAGAAGAGACACCAGUGGUCUAUUCCUAAAUGCUUUGUUUUUCUUAAGACUUAACUUAUUAUGUAUACAGUGUUUUGCCUGCAUGUAUGCCUAAAGGCCAGAAAAGAGCGCCAGAUGGUUGUGAGCCACCAUGUGGUUGCUGGGAAUUGGACUCAGGACCUCUGGAAGAGCAGCCACUGCCCUUAACCACUGAGUCAUCUCCAGCUCCUAUUCCUGGACUCUUAAAAGGAAAUUUAUAUGGCACAGGAGUUACUCAAACGAAUUAUUUACAAAUGACAGGACAGAGUGCCCAUAUUCGAAGGGAUUCCUCUGAUAGUCCAGUCAGUGGUGUUUUGUUUCUUUUUUUUUGAUUUGGUUUUUCACAUUGUUUAUGCUUUAAAUGUACUUUAUCCCUCCUUGUUGCAAUUUCACCCCUAAUCAUACUCUUACCUCUGGUAAACAACCGCCUUUGGGGUGGACCUUUUCUCCCCUCAUUUAAGAAAGUGCUGCUUGUACUUCCCUUCCUUCAGGUCAUUAAGACUUGUGUGGGUUGGGCCACGUUGCAUCUAUUUUGCAAUCGAGAGCAGAGCCUCCCUGAAAACUGUGAUGCUUCUUUACACCGAUUGCGGGCUGCAGUGCGAGCAGCCACUGUGGCUUUUUUUAUUGCCAGUUCCAGAAAUGAUUACUGUAAUACAAAGACGUUUCGAAGAUGGCCUGUAUGAUUAGUAAAACUGCUAAUAUACAACAAACAUAUUAGCAGAAAUCCGUCAAGAUACAGGGGAAUUGAGAACCACAGUUUAACAAAAUUGAGCUGCUGUAGAUUAUCUGUUGCUCAGACGUAAUCUUAGCUGUCAGCACUGUUCUGGUAUGUGGUACUUUAAUGUGUCAGGCUUUUCUCAUACUGUCAGUUGUCAAUGCUUUGCAUAAAGAGAAAAUCUUGCAGGUACCUUUGAGUGGCUGUCAGUCAUAGUUCAGAUGUCUCUCCUCUUACUUUGAUCCUCUGUAAGCUGUUCUUACAAUCUGUUAUGCUUGCCUGUAUUAGACUAGCUGUGCGGAUGGACAAAGCUUUUGACCUCUGCCACAAUUUUCUCCUUAAAAAAAUAAAAAGACGGGGAGCUGUGGCAGCGCCAGGGGAACCAGGAAUGUUAAACACACAGGGUUGUCUCCUUUAACCUGUUUCCUCCCAGAAGACAGGGAGUAGAUGUGGUUAAUAACCUGGUGUUAAUAACCUGUCUGUGUGGCCAAGACCACACUGAGCCCUCCCCAGACACUUACGGUGAACUUGUGAAUCUAUAGAAUGCAUCUUUAUGGAAAAUGUCAUGUGUUUUUCCAGUGUUAUGUAGUCCUGUCUUAAGCGCCAUUGUGCACAUGGACUGAGUUAUUGCCAGGGAAUUUUUCACCAAGUUGUGCUGUGCUUAGAUUUGCCCAAACUACUUAGGGUGGGGCUCUGCAGCCAGCUACUGCGUCAUGUUGAACGAGCUGCCUUGCCUCCUGCACAUCGCCACUUGUCACCUCUGCCUGGGGCAAACAAGCCAUGUGUGCUGGAUGAGGCACUCACAGAAAAAUCCAUGUUUUCUAUAGAGGCCUGUGAGUCCCAGCAGCUGAAGUAAACUUAUCCUAUGGGCUAUACCUGGGACGGGCAUGAAAGCAGUCUAAGAACACUUCUGUGUUUUUGAAGAAACUGAUGUCACGAGACUUGGUUUCUUGGAGUUUUCUCAUAAGCACUCAGAAGUCUCACAUGAUUCCAUUCUUAGACCAUGUUCUGAUAUCUUCCCCAUUUUGAUUUUUUUAAACCCAAGAUGUCCAGAGUAGUUUUGUUUUGAGAUGUUGUUGAUAAAUCUAAUUAUCAUUUGAUGCACAGGUAUCCUAUAAGUGAACAAAUGAUCAAUACAGUAAGGUUAGAAAGCAUUGUGUGUAAUAUUCUGCCACUAAGAUCAGGGAUCCAAACCAUGUCCAGCUCUGUCAACAUGUGUCCCUGGGUAGGGUCACAGUAAUCGGGACACAGAGGAUGCAGAGUAACCGUGACCCACUGCUUACUUGAUUGAAUUCUCUAGCAUCUUUUAUAGGCAAGCAGAAUGAAAAUUUCCCACAGCUUCUAAUUCAACAGCUUCUGUUUCUCUAGCAAUAGUUUAUCUGGAUUCGAGGUGCCUCAGACCCCCCAGACCUUUCAGGGCAAGAAAUCUAUCAGCCGGGCAACUCUUAGAGUUGCUUAGUUUAAUUAAAGCAAAAGAUUUUUCUCAUGAGAAGAUGAUCAUGAAGGCUGCUUCCUCAGGCCCGCAGCUUACUUGACAGAACAUCAGGAUUCUCUGCUGAGAAAGUUUGCUUUCUCAGUGUCCCAGUGUUCUGGAUUCAUAGGUAUCCUUAAGUCGCCUUGCACCUAACAGCCUGGGAGUAGUCAUCUCAUGCUAUUUCUCUACAAUUUCCUCCUUUUUUUAUUUUUUAAUUUAGCUUCUAAAAGUGUUUGCCAUAAGGUCCGAGUUUUUACAGUGUGCUUAUGAAAGCAGCACUUGUGAAUAGCCAGUCCAGCAGUGCCAACUACACAGUGCUGAUAAGGAGAACGCCACUGUCUGCUCCGGCCACGAGCCACACUCUACUGCAGUACUAGGAUCCAUGCCAGACAGUUUGUCGGCUAAUAUCUGAGCAGUACCAGAUACACCGUCAGAUGGAAAUUGAUUUUUGAAUGCAUCCAGCACUUGGUAUUAUAAUUGUUCAACAUCCUUUGUAGUAGUAGAAUUCCAUUCCAGUCACAAUUUAACUGCCGCUGUUGUUACACCUUCAAAUAUUUUUUACCUAACCAAGAUACGGAUAAAUACUUCUGGUUAAAUUUGCAAAACAUUUUCUAAUUCUGCCGCGCUAAGUCCUGCAAAAAGAAUAUCAUACAUAUAACGAGAAAUACAGAAAUGAGGAUAACGCUGUCUAAUAGGAUGCAAAGAUUAUCUACAUAGACCUGUCAUACAGUAGGGGAUCAUUGUUCCUUGUAGGAGUGCUACCCACUGAUAUCUUCAGUGUGGCCCCCAUUAUUUACAUAGGGUAUUGGGAAAGCAAAACACUUUCUCUCAUGAUGAACAGGAAUGAUUUAAAAAAAAAAAAAAAAGAUCUUUCAGAUCAAUUACAGUUCAGGCCAAGAAGAAGGUAACAGAUGACUGAGGAAUCCCGGUUGCCAUGGGAUACAUAGAAUUAACUCCCCUUACAUCUGUUAACAACCUCCCUUCCCAGACUUCUUAAUCACAAAACUAGGGGACUCCAUGGAGAUGGAGAUGGAUGGCUCCAUGUGCCCUUUCUGAAGUUGCUCCUCAACCAAAGAUUGUGCGGUGUCUCUGCCCUGUUGAAGGCCACUGUUCAGUCCACAGGGGGACUCAUUUUUCCCAUAGGAUUUUUGUAGGCUCCAUCCAUAGAGUAUAUGGUUAAGUGAGCACCCCACUGCUCUAAGACAUCUCUCACAAAAGUACUGACAGGAACUGGUAAGAAGGAAGGUUUUAAAGCAGCAGUUUUCCUGUCUUCAGUUAUACAGACGUGAGCUAAACACCUUGGUUAAUAGAGGUUACAGGUUAAUAGACGUUAAUGAGAACCAAUACCUUUUUUUUUUUUUUUUUUUUUUUGGUUCUUUUUUUUCGGAGCUGGGGACCGAACCCUGGGCCUUGCGCUUCCUAGGUAAGCGCUCUACCACUGAGCUAAAUCCCCAGCCCCGAGAACCAAUACCUUUUAUUUCACAAGGUAAUUGUUGUACAGGCCAGCUUCAAGGGCCAGUCUUUUUCUGUAAUUAGUAAUAUCAGACCCUAUAUCUCUCAGACCAAUAAAAGCUUUAUUAUUAGUAGAAAUCUUUAUUCGUGGCUGUUUCCCUUUAUUCAUAGUCUGAAAGACAUUUGCCUGGUGAAUUGCACCAAAUAUCCAGUGGUUAUAUAAAGUAAUAACAAUAAUUGAGAUUUCAGUCUCCUCAAUUUGAUAACCAACUGAUGCAGAUCUCAUAAUUUAGAGUCUUAGUGGCAUUGGUGUGUAGUAAAUGUUCUCCAGGUUUUCUGGACACGUGAUUGUUGAGGACCAUAUAAUAAUACACAGCCAGGAUCAAAUCCAUACAGUGGUUGACAUCAAGUCCUCUCCUGAUUCACUAAUUGAGUAAGAAGGGUAAGAUAAGCAGUUAGCAUUUUAAGGCCCUUGUGGUAAAUGACUCCAUUCCAAAGGCUUAUCCUCUUGUAUAUAAUACCCAGAGCAAACAAUUCAGUGGGGAAAAUAAGUUUAAAAGGCAGUGAAGGUUCCACAUUAUACACAAAUGUUUCUUUCAGUCUGGAAUCAGAUUUCUGUCUUUCUUCUUUUGCCUCUGAAUAUGUGAGCACUGUCCAGUGCCAUCUCUCCUUGUGGGACUUUAAAUAAAUUGUUUAGUGCGUAAUUAGGUAUUCCUGAGGUAGGCAUGGCUGAUUAUUAUUUCAUAAUGGUUUUUGAAAGUCAUUGUUUUAACUUGUCUUGUCUAAUGAGCGCUUCUGUGGUAUAACAGUUCUGAUAACGUACUGCGCAGUGUCUGGUCUGUGCACCUUUCCAGUGCAGUAGCGAGCCCUUUGUACGUAGCAUAUGAGUUCUGUCAUAGGGUUGCAGCUCUUCCUCUUUGGAGGUGGCUAGCAGCAUAAGCCUGAGGGAAAGCCUGCCUCAGGAGCUGAGACCUGUGCAGAAUUGACACAGCAGAGGAUUUUGUCAUGAUUUGAGAGAAUACAUUCAUUGAUUAAAAAUGAGAGAAUUCGGGUUGGGGAUUUAGCUCAGUGGUAGAGCGCUUGCCUAGCAAGCGUCAAGGCCCUGGGUUCGGUCCCCAGCUCCGAAAAAAAGAAAAAAUGAGAGAAUUCCAGGGAGAAAAGGAAUUCCGUGUGCCCAUUUUCCACCUGUUCUCGAGUGACUGGUGAAGAGUCUGGCUUUGUGUUGAAGAGUGUAGGUUUCAAAAGCAGCCGAUUUGCUCCGUGUUUGCAGAUUCUUACAUUUCCACAACACUUCAGAAAGCCGAUGGCAUUUCCUGUCUGAGGUGUGACUCCUUGUUGAUCUCUGGCUUUCUCAAAGGCCAGCUGUUUACUAAAACUUGAACUUGCUCCCCUCUGAUUUCUCAGGAGCAUCUUUCAGCCCUUUGCAGUCAGCGUAGGGCUCCGAGCCAGGGACCUUGUCUGAGUCUUACAAGACGAGAGCAGGGUCAGGUCCCAGGUCAGCCCUUACCAAGCAUCCGGAAGGGAUUCUGCAGGUACAUUCUGAUGCUCUGCUGGUCCCCAUCUACUACUCCCUCUUAGCAUUCCACACGAGACGUUCCCGGGGUCGCCUCUCAAGUCCUGUCGGCGAACUUUCAUGGGCUUCAUCUAUGAGCCACAUUUGCCAUUGGAAGAAAUUGGGCAGGACUUAGAACCAUUUUGCCAAUUAAAUGAAAAAUCAUAUGGCAACUCGGCGUAUUACUCCAACCAAAAGGAUACCAGUAACAGUACAGAGUGGUAGGUCCAUAGGAAGUGCGAGCCUUUUUAAACCUUUAAUUAUGUCCUUCCCCUAAAGGUUCCUUCUUCCGGAAACCAGGAGUGCUUGCGAACAAUCUAAUAGUUGGAUCUGAGUACGUGUGCUCCUUUCGUUAAGAGAAUGGCGCACAAACUGCAUCAGACAAAGCCUCUGCUGGUUUCUGCCCCAUUAUUCUUAGACAACUGUGAGCAUCCCUGCCUUCGGAUUCCUGUUCUGAGUGCCACAUCCCACUGCUUAGAGACAGUGGCUCCUAGGAGAAUGGAAUUAUAGAUGAGGUGGCCUACAGUCUCACACAAUAGCAGUUUUAAUCAGACCCUCAGACAAUUUAUACUCUGGGGUUUAAGAGAUUUAUAUGAGUAUAUGUAUGUACAGUCACCAGGGCAAGCCGCGUGAUGGAGCAAGCCGAAUGAAGCAAAAGUGUUUUCCGUAGAGACAUAAAGAAGUAACAGUAGCCAGUUGUAGUGGAUAAUCAGAAGUAAACUCACUUGAGUCUGCUACAUCUGGAAGGGGCACAAAAACAGAAUCUUAAGAACCAUUCCCUGUGUUUUGAAGAAACAGGUCACAAGACUCCUGUCUUAAUUCUUGGAGUUUUCUUUCAGGUCCUCAGAAAUCUCACGUGACUCCAGUUUACGCCGUGUUCCAGCAGUUCUGCUGCUGGUUCUGGUGUUCAGAGACCCCAGCAGUUAUAGACGUUGAUUUCUUUCCCCUUCUUUUCUGUUGCAGUCUUACCAUUAAGGUGACAGUGGAUGAAGAAAUGGCGUGUUGCCUUUUGAAGUAUAUGUAUAUGCACACGAAAGCAUAUAUAAUGGCUGGUUUCGCUGUUGGUUGAGGGCAUUUGUGAAAGAACUUUUGCACCUCAGCUCCUGCUUCAUGUAUUUGGAUAUGUAGACCAUCACGUGGGUACAAUCAGAUAAUAUGUGGAAGUGAAUCAUUUCAAGUGUGGUUAAUGUGAUUAUGUGUAUUGAAUAACAUUUGAUAUUUGUUUAAAGCAUAGCUAUGCCCUCAAAAUAUAAAAUAACAUGGAUUAUUGUUAGAAUCUACAACUUGACAAAAGUCAAAUACUUUUUCUAAUCACCCCACAACCACCACACCCCAUAUAACUAAGAGUCAUUUGAAAUGUGAGCUCCUCCUACUACACAAAAUAUUGCUGGUCUUCUGCCGUGUGGGUUAAAACGUAGAUUUAUCAAAGAUACCUUCUUCUUCUUUUUUUUUUCCCAGAGCUGGGGAACCCAGGGCCUUGUACAUGCUAGGCAAGUGCUCUACCACUGAGCUAAAUCCCCAACCCCCAAAGAUACCUUCUUAAUUAAGCCUUAAAACUUGGUUUAAGUGCAUUUGGUGCCAACAUUUUUUUUUUCUAGAGCUCUGUCAGAGCAAGAAACCUAUCCUAGGAGCUCCAUGCAGUUGGGUUUUUUUUUUUUUUUUUCUUUUCUUUUUUUUUUUUUUUUUGGAGCUGGGGACCGAACCCAGGGCCUUGAGCUCGCUAGGCAAGCGCUCUACCGCUGAGCUAAAUUCCCCAACCCCCUCCAUGCAGUUUUGAAGGAAACAUUUUAUCGUUUUUGGCAGAAGUAGGUAUAAUGGUUAAAUUAAACUUACUAAUACAGGGUGUCGCUAAAGUAUAAGAAGAGGCCCAAGCUAUGUGGGUAGAGGAGCUCCUCUCACCCAGGAGGAAUGGUCCUUUGGGCACGCUUGAGUUCUUCCAUUGCUUUCUCUGUUGGAUGCUGUCCUGUUAGGCUUUGCUGAAGUAGCGACUUUUGGACUCCCACAAAGAUUGCUGAUUCUCCCCUGGGAGCUUCUUGGACAUGGAACCCGCCUGCCAACCUGAGCAUCUGAGCCCUGGAACGUGAACACUGCCCUGCUACCAGCAAGACUGUCCGCCUCUCCACCAAUCCGUGGCCAAGGUCGUCAGCCGGUGUGGGGGUCUUGCUCUUUGUGGGUCACUGGUAUUCUUGUUAGGGAACUUAACCCACCCUGUGUGGUGUGCUCCGGACGGAGUUUUAAACUCUGGUUUCUUAGGACUUCACAACUGCAUAAUUGGGGGUUACUGGGUUUAUUGUUAUUUAAUGUGAGAGUGGAAAUCAAAGAGAGUAGGUUUUCUUGUUUUGUUUUGUUUUCAGAACAUUUCUCUUGUUGCCUUAAGGGUAGGGUUUUUUGGGUUCAAGAUAGAAUCAGGAAAAGUUAAAAUAAAAUGAAUAAAAGGUAGCCAAAUGAAAUAAUCCCUGGAAAGGGUUUUCUGGGUUUGUUUUAACCUAAGACUAACACUGCUUUUAGAGCACACAGUGCGAGUGAGGCCAUGACUGGUCCUCUGAAAAGAGACAUUGUCAAUAAGUGUUUGGUCUUAAAGGAGCCCAAAUUAUACAGAAUUUGUCGACAUGGCCUCACAGUAAUUCUUAAAUAAGUACAAUAAAGAUAAUUGAAAUGUGUACAAGGCUAGUUUUUGUGAAGUUGAAGUCUUUGGUUUUGCAAUGCUCUGUUCUUUACAAAGCUUCCCCCUGCCUUGGUUUGUCUCCGUGUCAGUAGAGGUGAACAGUCUGUUUUCUCAUGACUCACCUCACGUGUGGCCUCUUCACCUAGACAGCUUUUGAAGCUAUAGGUUGGAGACAGCCCCACUUUGUUUCUGGUAAGAUAUUGCCUCAUUUUCCGUGGUUUCCUAUACUUAAACAACAGGUGCCAUGUAUGCCUCGCCCUGAGCGACUUAGAGUUAGCUUUCUCAAGUGCCAGGAUUGUACAGUCUGGAAGUUCGGUAGGCCUUUCAAUCCUUCCACCAUUUAGAGGAGCAUACGCCUGACUAAACCAGCUGCAUCAGUGCAGUGGACGCUCUGAGCUCUGCCAACUACGACAGCAGUGGACACUGGCAGUUGGGACAGAGUCUAUGCUUCUAGUGCGGACCCCAUCUGAGGACUGAGCAUGUGCAUGUCUGGGGUGGAGCUCUGCUCCCUCUGCUCAAGGAGCUCCCGGGUGAGGCGCCAUUACCAGCCAUCAAGCUCUCAGUGAGGAUAGCAGACCUGUCUUGGGCAUGUUUUAAAAUGUGGCAGUUUGUUUUGUAUUUUGAAAUAGGGUCUCGCCACAUAACUGGCUAACCUUAAGCUUUUUAUAUAGCUGAAGAACUCACAAAAAACUUUGUCUCCCAAGUGCUGAGAUUAAAGGCACGUGACUGGUUUAGUAAGCUGGUUGUGUGUGCAUGUGUGUAAAUGAGUAUCUUUCAAGAGCCAAGUGUGGUGGUGGCGUAUGCAUUUGAUCCCAGCACUUGGAGGGAUCAGAUCUCCCAAGUUCAAGGACAGCCUGAUCUACAGAGAAUUACAGGACAACCAGGGUUAUGAAGGGAAAUCAAGUCUCAAAAAUAACAAUAAAAACAAACAUUGUUUCAAGAUUAUAGUGUUCAUCAGUACAACUAUUCAAGUGUACAAAGUAAAAGGCCCAGCUGCCACUGGUUGACAGACACUGACGUCAUGAAGUAGACACUACUUUUUAUAUGUGCUCUAUAAAAAGUUUUGUAAUACUUUUUUUUGAAAUUAUGAUUUUUUUUCAUUUACUGAAUAAUGUCAAAUUUGAUAUAUUUUACAGUCUAUGCAUUUUAAGUUAAGCUGCCUGAAGUGUGGUCUGAGACAUAUGUUUAUACCAUAAGCAAUGGAAGAUCUAGGUUUUGUCACCUGCUGCUGUAUUUGGAAACAAAGACAAAUGUUGCUUGAAGAAGUAAUUAUAAUUAGAAGUAGGCUAUUGUUGUGAUAAUUGAUAUUUUUAAGGUAAACUUGUUUGCUUUUGUGUGUAAUACCUGAAAGCUUUUUUAAGAAAUGUAUUUUCGUGAUUUCACAGUUUCUUUGUGUAUUUUAUUACCUGGGCCCAAUUCUAGGCUUCCCUAAACAAGUUCAGAGCUCUCUUAGCUUCCUGUUUGUAGUAAUAAAGGAAACAAGGGUCUGCAAUGCCUGUUUGUAUGUGACCUGCAUUCUCUAAGGAGCUUUACCAGGCAAAAAACCUCUUAGCACAGGAUGCCAGUACCUGUGGUUAGGACUGUCCCCAAGGCAAGGCCACCCGGGUUCUAACUAAAGUAGGGGAACCAUGCCUCUCUGCCCCUGUGUCCAUCACCCCCACUUUCUCUUCAGCAGUAACUCCUUUUGCUUUGACUGUCACAUGUACGGUAGAGUUGGUCACACUAAGUACGCCCAAUGUACUUGGUCCUGUCCUUGGGAGUUAGACAACCUCAAAAGAAUGGGCCAAGAGGGACAUUUUGGAAGAGAUUACAGCCUUGACCUUUUAAAAUAAACUUGGGGUGUUUAUGAUACUCUGUGCACCUAAAAGUGCCCACCUAAACUAAAGCUAAGAAGAAGGGAACUGAAAUGUAAGCCAAUCCUGGGGGCGGCCCAGUUGGUCGAUUGGCUUUCUCGUUGUGAAAUGGCAUCUUCUAACACACUAGGUUUCCUGACCCAGCAAAUCUUUUUACUACCAUAAGACUGAAACCUAACAUGACCACAUUUAUUCAGAAAGGACAGACACACACGCACGAACACACACACACAUGAAGAACUAUGUGAGCCAUCCUGUAAAGUUUAUUUCUGUGGUAUCUACCUGUGUUCUUUCUGUAUAUAUUUAUUUUUAUGUGUAAUUUCGCAUAUGUCUGAAUAUAUGCCUUUGGAAGCCAGAGGAGAGCAUCGGAUCCCUGGACCUGAAGUUAGCGAUGCUGUUCAGCCGCCUGAUGUGGAUGCGGGGGAAUCAAAUUUAGGUUCUCUGGAAGAGCAGCAAGUGCUCUCAGGCAUUAAGCCAUCUCCCCCGCCCUUGUAUGUUUUCUUAAUUGAACAAAUUAAGCAAUUCCUCCUGAUACCAUUGUGUGGUGCUCUGGAGUUCAGAGAUGGAGUAGAAAGGGUUUCUUGGCACUGCCACUAGAAGAGACCUACUUCACCAACUUCACCUACUUACCCAUAAGUUGUUUAGAGUGGGGUGAAGAUUUCCCACUUUAGGUUAUGGAAACUAGUAUUGUACGUCAUUACUACACUGACUCCUGGUUGAAGUUGGCCAUAGUGCGAUCGAGUCUUGGAUGUCCAGGCCACUAGCCCUACUCAAGUCUUGGCUUUUCAUAAGCCAAGAGGAAGCUACGAGGUUGGGAAGAUGCUCAAUGGGUAAAGCACUUAUCAGACAAGAAUGAGGAUGUAAAUUUCAAUCCUCCAGGCCUCUGUAAAGGCCGGUGUCUGUAAUCUCUUCGAACCUGCUGGGAUGCAGAAGGAUUCCUGGGCACCCGGGGACAAGGUAACCUGGGGACAAGGUAACCGGGGCUCACAGCAUCAAGGAAGGGAAGGUAGAGAUACCUGAGGUUGUCCUCAAGCAUCCACAUGCGUAUCGUGACACACAUACACACACGAAUGUUUCACACAUGAAUGCAUGUGCACAAAAAUAAGGCAUUGAAACCAAGUUCUUGGGCUGGAGAGAUGGCUCAGCAGUUAAGAGCACUGACUGCUCUUCCAGAGGUCCCGAGUUCAAAUCCCAGCGACCAUGUGGUGGGUCACAGCCAUCCGUAAUUGGAUCCAAUGCCCUCUUCUGGUGUGUCCAAAGGCAGCUACAGUGUACUUAUAUACAGUAAAUAAAUCUCAAAAAAUAUUAAAAAAAAACAA